CGUAGUCUCUUUGGAAACUUCUGCCGGGGAAAAAGAGCUAGGAAAGAGCUGCAUAGCGGUGUGGGUUUUUCCUUUUUUUUCCCCUCCUUUUUAUUACCCCCUCCUCCGUUUGCACCCUUCUUCGGGCUUCACGCAGAAUCUGCGAAUUUCGAAGAGGUGCUGACAGAGUGGGAGAAAAGAGGUGUUAGGGGUUUGGUUUUUUUUUUUUCUUUUUUUUAAUUUCUUGACUUCAACAUUUUCCUCCACCCUCGCGGCUGCAGCCUCCACCUCUUACCUGCUUCCGCGGCAGCCGCGCGCCGCGGGCAGCUGAGGGUUAGAAAAGAGUGGGGUGCACUUUGAGAUUUUAAACAAAAAUUUUGAAGACAAAUCCAUUUUUCUCCCCCUACCCCCUCUCCUCCACAGCCUCCUAACUCAUUAUUCUUGUGGUUGUUUGAGGGUGAACAAUUUUUGGCUCCCCCCGCCCCCUCGCAGUUCUGACCCGGUCGGGCUCGGGGGUUUGUUUCUCCGGCCUCCAAUCCCUCUGCGUGCACCUGGCGCUGCUCUCCGCCUCCCCCCCCACCCCUACCUGUUGCAAGUCUGUAAUCUUUGAAGUUGGGACUUGCUUGCAGGCGCCCCAGCCAUCCGUCGCUCCCUACAUUUUGCAAUUGGGGGAGGGCACCUGCUCUACCUGCCAGAAAUUUAAAAGAAUUUUUUUUUUCUCCGCGCGCCUUUUUGGCCCCUUUCUCCCAGCACUCUCGCUCUCCUGCCCCGCCCCAGGUAAAGGGGGAGAGUCGGAGAAGAUGGUGCUCACCGCGGUCCUCCUGCUGCUGGCCGCCUGUGCGGGACCGGCCCAGGGCCUGGGCUCCUUCGUGCACUGCGAGCCCUGCGACGAGAAAGCCCUCUCCAUGUGCCCCCCCAGCCCCCUUGGCUGCGAGCUGGUCAAAGAACCGGGCUGCGGCUGCUGCAUGACCUGCGCCCUGGCCGAGGGGCAGUCGUGCGGCGUCUACACUGAACGCUGCGCCCAGGGGCUGCGCUGCCUCCCCCGGCAGGACGAGGAGAAGCCGCUGCACGCCCUGCUGCACGGCCGCGGGGUCUGCCUCAACGAAAAGAGCUACCGCGAGCAAGCCAAGAUCGGAAAACAGACAGCCCGUCUCUUCAUCCCAAACCUUCAAGCCUUGGGCUCUGCACGGUGGUGUCUCAGACCACAGAGGCUGAUCCUCCGCCCCCAUCUCCCUGCAGAGAGAGAUUCCCGCGAGCACGAGGAGCCGACCACCUCCGAGAUGGCGGAGGAGACCUACUCGCCCAAGAUCUUCCGGCCCAAGCACACCCGCAUCUCUGAGCUGAAGGCUGAGGCCGUGAAGAAGGACCGCAGAAAGAAGCUGACCCAGUCCAAGUUCGUCGGGGGAGCUGAGAACACUGCCCACCCCCGGGUCAUCUCUGCACCUGAGAUAAGACAGGAAUCAGAGCAGGGACCCUGCCGCAGGCACAUGGAGGCUUCCCUGCAGGAGCUCAAAGCCAGCCCGCGCAUGGUGCCCCGCGCCGUUUACCUGCCCAACUGUGACCGCAAAGGAUUCUACAAGAGAAAGCAGUGCAAGCCUUCCCGUGGCCGCAAACGUGGCAUCUGCUGGUGCGUGGACAAAUACGGAAUGAAGCUGCCAGGCAUGGAGUAUGUCGACGGGGACUUUCAGUGCCACACCUUCGACAGCAGCAACGUUGAGUGAUGCGUCCCCUCCCCAUCCUUCCCUCACCCCAUCCUACCCCCAGCCCUGACUCCAGCCAGCACCUCCCUCCACCCCAGGAUGCCACUCAUUUCAUCUCAUUUAAGGGAAAAAAAAAGCAUAUAUCUAUCUAUUUGAGGAAACUGAGGACCUCGGAAUCUCUCGCAAGUUCUCAACUUUGAAAACGGCAACAAUGGAGAUGCAAAAAUCUAAGAAGACCCCCCCUUAAAAAAAAGGUUUUCUUUUUGAGGCAAGUUGAAUGAACAGGGAGGGCAAGAGAGGAGGAGCAAGAGAAAGAGAAGGGAGGGAGGCAUACGUGUGCAAGAGAGGGAACAGUGAAUAGUUACAAGAAGGAAAAGCAGAAUGUGGGCCAGAAGCAUCCAUCCUUACACCCAGCCCUGGCCCGAGCUGGGGAGCCAUUUGGGCAUCAGAAGGCGUGGCCCAAGGUGUAGCAUCUGAUGGCAGCCUUGGAGUUUGCCCAGUCUGGAUGGGUCGCAGGGGGAAGAAGGGAAAAGGCACCAGUGUCAUUGCCUCUCCUGGAUCUGUCUCCUCCUGCAGCCAGCAGCUUGCGCGGCUCUAUCCCUGUCCUUCCUCUCCUCCCACCCCAGCACUCUGUUCUAUCUGCCCCCAAUUUACAAACACUAAACUGCAUUCCAUUCCUCUCAACACAGAGCAAAUUCACAACCAAGUGAUAUUAGAUAAGUAGGUGUUCCUAAGAAGAUGCGUGAAUAUUAAGUAUACAAGCAUAUUUCACUCCCCGGGGCAAACUUUGAGAAAUCACGCCACACCCCAAUAGUGGAAAGACAUGUUCUUCCAGGGCGGCUAAAGCGACAACGUGCUGAAUGAAGCCUGUGGUUUCAGCCCUUCAUUGCCUCUAACUCCCAACUCGCACAGCCUCUGUGGGGGAGGGUAGGCUCAAAAAAAAAAAAGAAAGAAAGAAAAGUGGGCUUGUAUUUAUCUACAAGGCUCCAUAUAGUCAUAUAUAGGCAUAUAAAUCUAUUUUCUUUAUUUUUUUUCCUUUAUUCCUUCCUUUCUGUCAAUUUGCAUUAACUUCUCCAAGUAGUUUCUAUGGGGGCGUGGAAGAGCAUCCUUAUUCUGGGAAAACCAAGAAAACUCAGUCCUUCUAACACAACCCAUAAUGUCAGUUUUGUCCAUCUCCCAUGAGCACAGACUCAACGCUUUGUGGGACACAGUGUUGGAUUUUUGUGUGUAUGUGUUUUCCCACAUGCACGUAUGUUCAUUUGUACCAACAAGCCAGGUCGAUGAACACACCCAGUGGUGCACUCACCUGCUCCCCAGGACACCCCAUUCACCUUUAGACCCUCAGGAAGUCACUAUCUCUGGGCCCUAAACCGAAUGAACCCAACAGGUCCAUUUGACCCACUGGUCCUGCCCAGCCUUUUCAUGUUACUUGGACAGAGCCUGCAUUUGGAAAACCUCUCUCAGACUUCACGCUGGCAGAGCAGGAGACAGACUGAAAUAAGGAUGGAAAAGAUGGAGAUGGGGAAACAGUCAAAGUGAUUGUGCAGGCCAGAGCAGAUGGAGGGAGGGGCAGAGGGCUGGAGGGACAGGAGGCUGACUGCCCCAUUCUAGCUUUGGAGCAAAGCGACAGAAAAGGGGACAAAACGAAGAGAAACCUCCCUGGGUCCCUUCUAAGCCCUCUGGGAUUUAAGAGGAAGGAGAGUUUAGGGGAACAGAUUGCAAGAGAGAAAUGAGCUUAAUCCAGGCCUUCGAGCCGGGGAAGGUGGGUAACUGUAGGUGGGUUCUAGACUAGCAGCUGUAUGGAAACAAAGAUCCAGAGAGACUAGCUGGGCUUUUGAAAGGACAAGCCUGUGUGCUCCAGUGCCCACCUUCACCCUGCAAUGGGGGACUGAGGCCGGAGAGUCUUCCAAGCUGUUUGUCCUCUCUGGCCAGUUCUGGCUUCCUUCCUGGGGUGGAGGAUGGCAGAAAGGCCCAGGACAGCCGGGGAAUGGAUGCUCUGGGGGUACUGCCGUUUGGAGGCCAGAUUCUGAACCAA